AUGACUCCUCAGGUUCUUAGCGCUGGCUCCGCUACCUAUCCUGCUCCUUCACCUGCUGUGAAGAAAGUUCUGGGAACCUUCUCCCGUCAGUCGCUCAAGGGGGUGUACAAGGGCGUUCCUCUGCCUCCUGGCUGGUUCGGAUUCGCCUCAGUCAUCCUUCACCAGAGCCCUGAGUUAAAGCCGUCCAGUCGAAUCGCCGCGUUUGAUUUCGACGGCUGCUUGGUCAAUACCAAUGUGCGCAUAAUGGGCCCCAACGCCUGGUCUCUCAUGUUUGAAACAGUUCCCAGCGUUCUCCAGCAGUUUCACCAAGCGGGCUACAAAAUCGUGAUCUUCACAAAUGAGUCAAACAUCGAUCGCUUCACCAAGCAGCGCCACAAGGCCAUUGAAAGCAAGAUUGGGCGGCUGAACGGGUUCAUGCGUGCAGUGCCGGGCGUGCCCAUGCAGAUCUUCAUCUCCUGCGGUCGCAGCAACUCAGGGGACCUGUUCCGGAAACCAGAAGGGGGGCUGUGGCAUCUGCUGUGCGAGUGUGGGAAUGAAGAGAGACAAGUGGAAUGGGAGAGCUCAUUCUUCGUGGGGGAUGCAGCUGGUCGCCCUCAGGACCACAGUGAUUCCGACCAGGUGUUUGCUCAG